AUGCUCAAAUUAAGAGCAAGGAAUGGUAGGAAUUACCAAGAUCUUUGCUUAUUACUCUCACGAUCCGAUGGAAAUCCAAAAAUGCCUCAUGGUCGUAAAUCGAUUGGUUCUGUGAUAUGCCAGACAAUUUCUUCGUUUGGAAUAGGUCAGAUCAUCCGGUCGUCUAGAAAUGAGAACGCCGGAACUAAAAAGGCUUCUCCACAAGCCCAGAAGUGGGUUUGGAGUAACUUUGUUUUGGGAGAGGUGAGAAAACCGGUCAAGGCCAUAUGGCAAUGA